AUGCGUCCCUCGCUGCUCGUCCUUCUCGUCUUCGUCAUUUCUGCGGCUUUCGGUUCGUCGUCUUCUUCCUUUAAGUCGUUUCACACCAUUUGUUUUCCAGCUCAAUUCGCUGACUCGUCUUCUUCUGAACUGACUGAAUCUGAUUCUUCGGACCCUUCGGAAUCUGAAGAGGUGCAGGUCGAAAUCGUUGAAGGAUCCGGAUCCGGAGAUGCUCCACUGAAGCUGAGUAUUCUCGGAGUCCUUCCUGGUCCAGGAGAUAUCCGUAAGAAGAGAAGCCUUCCGGGCUUCUUCGAUAUCCAAAAGAAGCGUUGA